GCAUAGUGCAGAAAGCUCUCCUCGCGUUCGCCUCGCAUUCGCUCCUCCGCAUUCGCUCCUCCGCAUUCCAAUCCGCAACCGGAGUGGUAGCCAGUACCCAGUAGUUAGUGUUCCGAUUGAACGAGAGCAGGCAGCAUGUGGUCGAAAGUUGGCAUCGCCGGAGCCCUGCUCGUGAUGGGCGGCGUCCUGUCCGCCAGCGUGGUGGACAACUUCGCCUACGUGGACCGCUCCCUGCCGGUGGCCAUGCCCAAGGCGAAGGCCUUCCAAGUGAAGCAGCAGUGAGCAGGUGGUGCCCAGGGACAUCUACUGGCCAGCCAGCUACUCCGACUUGUGUGUCCGCAAGUGGGAAAUAGUAGUUAGUGCAGUUGCUCCAGUCGAUGCACCCGCUUGGAAGCCCCUCCGUGUAACCACAGAAACCAUUAAUUUAUACUGUUUUUUUUCUGUACUUUAUGUGACUAAUUUAAGGAGCUACCUAUGCAUAGGCAAUAAAUAAGUUAAACGAA